AAAGUAGGAAAAGAAAAAAGAGUGGAGGAAGAGAAGCGAAGAGAAAUGAUGGCUCGCAGUAUCUCGUACAUUACUGGGUCGCAGCUUCUCUCUCUGAGACGCCAACCAAACAUUGCCAUCGUCGAUGUCAGGGACGACGAGAGGAGUUAUGAUGGGCACAUAUCAGGGUCUGUCCAUUACGCAAGCGACACUUUCGCCGAAAACAUCUCAAAUCUCAUUCAGCAAGUUAAAGGCAAAGACACCCUUGUCUUCCACUGCGCUCUAAGUCAGGUUCGUGGCCCAACUUGUGCUAGGAAGUUUGUCAAUUAUCUUGAGGAGAGUAAGGAAGAUGCUGGGAUAAAAAACAUUAUGGUCUUAGAACGUGGCUUCAAUGGAUGGGAAGCUUCUGGUAGACCUGUUUGCCGCUGCACUAACGUUCCUUGCAAGGAGAAUGAGAGUGCUUAAUCAAAGGCAUGUCGUGGUUGGGAUGGAAUCAUUGAAGCAUAUUGUCUUUGAUGUGACGUGUACACAUUUUGUAUACAAAAACAAAAGUAUGACCACCAUGAUCAUAUCAUUAUCUAAAUCAUAGGUACACUAAAUACCCUAUUUCUGUUUUGUCAAUCAUUUAAUAAUGUGAGAAAUUCUUGGGUGGAGGCUGCCAAGAAUAACA